GCUUCACCACCAUCGAUGAUCUGUGAUCUAGGCGCCAAUCGAGUGGGAGUGCACUUCCCAGUCCCACAUCACGGACAACGGUGGACACCAAAACGGCAUGGCAGCUCGUGGUGCAAAGGCGCUGUCGAACUGAAUCGAACCCUUCUCCCGGCCCCCCUCCCUCUCCGCCUAGACAGAAAGAGCCUCUCACGCCUGUCGUGUUCCUGGAAUCCCUUACCAGACAUGGCCGCCGGACCAACAUGGGACGACAUCUUUGCGGCCGUGAAGAGCGAUCCACCAUCGCCAAGGGAAAGCAAGGUGCCUGGAUGGUACAAGGAUGACCAGAACGUCGCGGACUUCGGCCCGGCGCCACUCGACGACGACGUGCGGAUACUGGAGUGCCCGGACUGUUCAAAAACGGUGCUGCAAGAGGCUUUUAGCUUCCAUCAGAAGAACUGUCAGUUGAUUCGUGAUAUCAGAGAGGGAGUGGUGCCCGUGUCCGUGCUGGACCCUGUCCUCAAGCAGUCCACAAUAGUGCUGGAUGGCAGCGAUGAAGACGAAGAUGAUGAACCGCUAUUUGGCAGUGGUGCAAAACGCAGAUUCUCGCAACUAGACGACCGCGAGGCAAAACGCAAUGCGAAAAAGCAGAAGCUGAAGAAGAAGGGCCGUGGCUAUAGAGGCCCACUUGAUGUUGACAGGCAGUGUGGCGUGAUAUCCGAGAAAGGCCCGUGUCUGCGCUCUCUAACGUGCAAGUCGCAUAGCAUGGGCGCGAAGCGCUCGGUGGAGGGGCGAUCGCGUCCCUAUGACGAGCUGCUGUUCGAGUGGCAGAAGGCGACCAACCCGGCUUUUGUCGCCAAGCUCGAGGAGAAGGAGCGCGCCGCGGCUGAAGCCGCUGAACAGAAGAAGCUAAAGCUGGAGCAAAAGGCGGCAACCAAGAAGCAGAAGAAGGCCAGCGCUGCAGCCGCAGCCGCUGCUGCUGCUGGUGCCGCAGUUGCCGCAGCGGGGGGCGACGCAGCGGCGAUUGCCGCAGCCGAGAAGGCAGCAGCUAAGGAAGCUUCGUCCGGCGGGAGUGACAAGACGAGUGCGGCCGCAGUCGCUGCAGCAGCCGCUGCAGCCGCCGCGGACGACCCUGAUGCGGACAUGUACACGCAGGGCGCCGGCGAUUCGGACGUCGAGCACGAGCUGCAUGUGAUCCUUGAGGCGCUGCGGCGCGCCAACGCGCAGCCGCGCAUGUCCUGCGCGCCGUUAGCGCAGCGGAGCCAAUCCAGCACGUUCUCCGCGCGAUCGCACUGUCUCAUGCAGUAUCGCUCGCUGAUUCAGAAUGCUCUGCGCGGGCAUAGCGCCAGCGUAGUCGCUGACCGCAGCACCGUGCUCGCACGGCGGUAGGCUCGCAUCUCGCUACUCCACAUCACUUUCGUGUACCUCGCUCAUUUCCCAGUACCCACUUGCAACUAUAUCACACCUGUAUUAUGUCAGCAGCAUAUUCGAUACCAUAUCUCCA